GAAAAAAAUUGUAGCAACUUCGCAACACGUGUGUGACGUGACCCGAGAAAGCAGGAAACUAAGCGGUAAACAGGUUAUCUAACCACCAGCAUGGCUGCUUCCAUGAAUGGUCUACCCACUGCUCAGCAUACAGCAUACAGCAUAACGUCCAUCAUUGGUGCUUCCUUCAUCAGUACAGUAUUCAGCCAUCUUAUGCCUGUCAGUCCAACAAAAAUGACAUGUCAGAUUGAUGAGAGACACUGCCUUCAUAGAUGUCUACAGGAGGGCGACCCUCUCCAGUUUGGACAAGAGUUCUUGGACUUUAAAAGAACUCCCCAAAGAGUGCCUAACAGCAGUCUACCCUCAUCAUGCUACAUGUACCAUCAGCAGAAGUCCAGGGAUCAGACGAGGUUAGCAUGCACCUGCUCCACUUUGCUGCCCGUGCUGGUGGCCAUUAGGGAACACAGCACAGGUUGGUGGGCUGCAUCAAUGUUACAUUGGUUGUACUUGUGACCGGCGGAGCAAUGAAUUCAGGAAGGUCAGAAAGGGGUGAGUUGUUAUCAAGUCAUUUUC